UUGCGAGAUUGGGCUAAAAACGAGCUGACACCGGGGAUGCCAUGUGGGUUUGGUGACAGUUCGCUCGUCGCCUUGAUAAAUUAUUUUUUAUUUGUCAGUGCUCGUACUUGAGCGAAUGUGAUAUCAUACUGGAGUAUUCACGACAUGAGCAAAGGUCAGAGUGUUCAUAGACGAAGGGACAGAAGUAUAUCCUCCGAAAGCUCAUCUCCUCAUAAAAACCGUGAUCAUUUUCGAAGCAGAAGUCGAAGUCGUUCUCGAUCUAAAAGUAAAGUAAGAAGUGAUUCUACCGAAAAGACUUUAAUCCAUAGUACAAAUAGCAAAGACCCAAAGGACAUAAAUUCUCGUGUUUUUAUCGGGCGUUUGCGUUCAACAGUUACUCGGCAUGAUUUAGACGCAUUGUUUAGUUUAUGCGGUAAAGUUACAGGAAUCUCUGUACACAAACGUUUUGCAUUUGUACAGUUUUCUAAUAAGGAAGACGCAGAACGUAGUGUUGAGAAGUAUAAUAAUUCUUUCAUACAUUCAGGCUUAGUUGUGUGUAAUCUUGCUGGUGAGAGACAGAAAAAUCAAGAAUCUGCAACAGUUAUGGAUAGAGACCGUGAUAGAGAUCGAGGAAGCAGAGAAGGCAGCAGAAUUCUUGACUAUGACAGAUUUGAUCAUUAUGACAGACCUUAUGACAGGCCAACAUCUCGAGAGCGUUCACCAUUACGUGAUCCUUAUGCUGACCGAUAUAGAGGAAGAGAUACAGAACUAGAUCGGAGGCGUGCAUUAGUUGAACAAGAUCGUGUUCCCUAUGACCGUCGUGACCCCUAUUCACGUGGGAGAGAACAUGUGGAUGAAUACUAUCAAGGACGUCGAGAUGAGCGUGAUGAGCCAUAUGCAAGGGAUCCAAGGCGAGAAGAGUUGCGAGAAAGAGAUCAUUAUGAUAGACCUCAUUAUGAAAGACCGUCGGCUCGUGAUAGACUUCCCCGUGCUUAUGCCGAUAUGAAUGAACCUGAACCACAACAGGCACCUGAGACUGUACAAAGACCUAUCGAUUGUGAAGUUAUUGUUGUCAAUAGACAACAACGAGAUUAUGCAGAGACAGUUGAAAGACGUCUAAAGCAGAUUGGUCUGAUAGUGGAUAUUAUUUUCUUAACAUCUGAUGUUUCUUUGGGACAAGCCUUAGAUGACGUGUCAAGACGUGGUGUGUUAUAUGCUACAAUGAUCACAAGCCAGCAUGAACUUCAUCGCUCAGUUACUCUGAAUAUACUACAUGGGACACCACAAGAACAUAGGAACAUGCCGCUGGAUGAUGCCAUGACAUUUAUUGCGCAUAACUUUGAACGUUACAUGCAAAACCUUCAUGAAAAAAGUUUAGCAGCAAAUUUAAGCUUGGCCACAGGUGUAGAGUUAACAGUCCCACAACUCCUGUGUCUAUUGGCUGAUGGAAAACAACUAACAGUGGGAGAACUGGGUAAGGUUAUCGAUUAUCUACAAGAUCGCAAGAAUACGCUUUUGAAAGGAACUCAAAGGUUAUUGGAGCAGCAACAGCAGGAUGAACUGCAUCAGCAGCAGCAGCAGCAGCAAACUGAUCUUCAAGCCAAGAUUUUGAGUAUUUUUAACCCAAAUGGUACUGCAGCAACUCCUACAACUGCAGAUAAUUCAACUGCCAACCAACAAAAUGUUAAUCCUUUUGGUAAAGCCAGUGUUGCAGCAUCACAGCAACCACAAGCCAAAUCUCAGACUGUGCAACUUGAAACUCGUGCACAAACCUCAAUUCCGUCACUUAUGGAUCAGCCUGUUUCUCCUCCAACUAAUGUAUUAUCUAAAAUAGGGAAGGCUGCAGAAAGUAGGCCACUGUCUUCUGCUCCACCAAUUUCCACGACAGCAAAUGCUGGACCAGGAAGGGAGCCUGUUUUAUCUCCUCAGAAUGACCAAUCUUCUACUUCAGGUGUUGAGAUAAAUUUUGACAACCCUUCAGUACAGAAAGCUUUAGACAACUUGAUUCAGAGUGGACCAAAUUUGUUAAAAAAUCUAGGUCAGGUUUCUCAGAUAGUGAAGGGUGCUACUGGUGGCCAGUCUCAAGCAAAGGCUAGUUUGACAGGUCCACAGAGUGCUAGUGAUUCUGGUUAUGGUCAGGCUGGUGGUCUAGGUAAUAGUGGUAGGGGUCCCAAUGUUGAAGGGAGAAAUGAAGGGCCUGGUGGUUAUGGUGGAAGGGGAGAAGGCCCUGGUGCAUUUGCAUCCAGAGGUGAGGCUCCUGGCGGCGGCCGUGGCGGUCCUGGGCGACAUGAAAAUUAUGGACAAAAUGAAGAUGGAGGUGGCAUGAAUCCAGCUAUGGAUAGAGGUUUUGGUAUGGGUGGAGAUCCUGGGUUUGGUGGAGGUGUGAGGGGACGUCCUGGUAUGGGCCCUGGCCCUGGUGGCAUGGGUCCUGGCCCUGGUGGCAUGGGGCAGCAUCCUGGUGGUAUGGGUCAGCGUCCAAGGCCAGGUAUGGAACUGGCGAUGGGUAUGGGAAUGGGCAUGGGUCGAGGAAGACGUUUUUAA